AUGAAGGCAAUUCUAAGAAUCCUUAUUCUACUUUUAAUUGGUAUUGAAUCUGGCCUCAACUCUUCAAAUAGAUGGGGCUAUGACUAUGAGGUUAACCCAUCUAAGCUGUAUGGAUCCGACAAUUCAGAUCUACUAUGCAUCACUUCUGUAUGUGGUAAUGUUCCUAGUAGUAUUAUCUUGAAUAAAACUACAUACAUAUUACAAAUUGGUGGUGCCGGAACAUGUGCCAAUGUUUACGGCUCAUCAACAACUGUAGCAAUGUGUGAUUGUACUACAGAUCUUAGCAAAUCACCCACUGAUUUCUGUAUCAACAUAACAAUGCUUGGUACUCCUGAGACUCUCAACAUUUCUGUUUAUUAUGAUAAUCAAAUGGAAUCAUACACAAUAGCCAAAAUCAGUGACAUUGAAAUGAGUUCAAGUACUUCUGCUCAAACUUCAGAUCCAAGUCCUUCUAGCUCUACUCCAUCAUCCACUAAUGCUCCUAGUCCUAGUGAUCCUUCUACAACUAUACCAAGUGGACCUUCUACAACUAGUUCUAGUCGGCCUUCUACAACCACAACUAGUGGGCCUUCUAGUCCAGGAAAUUAUGCUGCAGGUAGCCACAACCCAACGCUUGGUAUUACAUUUUUAAUGACAAUGUUGGUUUUAUUUUUGUGAUUAUUGAACAAUUUGAUACUGACUAUAAACUACAGUCUUAUAUUUUUGUA